AUGUAUCACGCGUGUCAGCAGAAAGCAGGAUUAGAAGAGAUCUGCGUGGAUCCGAGGAGACAAUCCGACGUACGGGGAGAGAGCGCGCUAGACGGGAACAUCGUCUCAACGCGCAUGCAGGACAUACACAGCUGCGACGUGAAAAGGAGAUACAGCUUCCAGAGUUUAGCCGGUCAUCCUGGCUGCUUUAUCACCAAAGAGAACAAACCACAAACUAACCCCAGUGCCACCGAGGAGACCCCCCCUCGGGAAGAUCCUCCACCAGGGAAUCCCCCCCCUCGGGAAGAUCCUCCACCAGGGAACCCGCCCCUCGGGAAGAUCCUCCACCAGGGAACCCCCCCUCGGGAAGAUCCUCCACCAGGGAACCCCCCCUCGGGAAGAUCCUCCACCAGGGAACCCCCCCUCGGGAAGAUCCUCCACCAGGGAACCCCCCCUCGGGAAGAUCCUCCACCAGGGAACCCCCCCUUGGGAAGAUCCUCCACCAGGGAACCCCCCCUCAGGAAGAUCCUCCACCAGGGAACCCCCCUCAGGAAGAUCCUCCACCAGGGAACCCCCCCUCGGGAAGAUCCUCCACCAGGGAACCCCCCCCUCGGGAAGAUCCUCCACCAGGGAACCCCCCCCUCGGGAAGAUCCUCCACCAGGGAACCCCCCCUCGGGAAGAUCCUCCACCAGGGAACCCCCCCCUCGGGAAGAUCCUCCACCAGGGAACCCCCCUCGGGAAGAUCCUCCACCAGGGAACCCCCCCCUCGGGAAGAUCCUCCACCAGGGAACCCCCCCCUCGGGAAGAUCCUCCACCAGGGAACCGCUGACGGAUGA